AUGGUCAAGGAAACCAAGUUCUACGACCAGCUCGGUGUUGCGCCUGACGCAACCGAAGCCCAGCUCAAGAAGGCAUACAAGGUCAACGCCUUGAAGUACCACCCAGACAAGAACGCGCACAACCCGGCUGCCGAGGAGAAGUUCAAGGAGAUUUCACACGCAUACGAAAUUCUGUCUGAUGCCCAAAAGCGCCAGGUCUACGAUCAAUAUGGUGAGGCUGGCCUCGAGGGCGGUGCCGGCGGUGCAGGCGGCAUGGCCGCCGAGGAUCUGUUCGCCCAGUUCUUCGGCGGUGGCGGUGGAUUCGGCGGUGGCCUGGGUGGCAUGUUCGGUGGCAUGCAAAACCGUGGCCCGCCCAAGGCACGAACCAUUCACCACACUCACAAGGUCUCGCUCGAGGAUGUCUACCGAGGAAAGGUCUCCAAGCUGGCCCUGCAACGGUCCAUCAUCUGCCCCAAGUGUGAGGGUCGUGGAGGCAAGGAGGGUGCCGUUAAGCGCUGUGCCGGUUGCGAUGGCCACGGUAUGAAGACAAUGAUGCGCCAGAUGGGUCCCAUGAUUCAGCGGUUCCAGACUGUCUGUCCCGACUGUAACGGAGAGGGAGAGACUAUCAAGGACAAGGAUCGAUGCAAGGGCUGCAGUGGCAAGAAGACAAUUGUCGACCGCAAGGUCCUCCACGUUCACGUCGACCGUGGUGUACGAAGCGGUACCAAGGUGGAGUUCCGCGGCGAGGGUGACCAGUCUCCUGGCGUCCAAGCUGGAGAUGUGGUCUUCGAGAUUGAGCAGAAGCCUCACCCCCGAUUCACACGUAAGGAGGACGACCUCCUGUACCGCUGCGAGAUCGAGCUUGUGCAAGCUCUGGCCGGCGGUACCAUUUACAUUGAGCAUCUCGAUGAGAGGUGGUUGAGUGUCGAUAUACUGCCUGGCGAGGCGAUUGCUCCUGACGCCGUCAAGAUGAUCCGCGGUCAAGGUAUGCCAUCGCCAAGACAUCACGACUUCGGUAACAUGUACAUUCAAUUCGCUGUCAAGUUCCCCGAGAAGGGCUGGACCGAUAACGAGGAAGCUUUCGAGCAGCUUCGCAAGAUUCUGCCUGCUCCAGCCGUCCAGGCCGUUCCUCCGGCUGAGGCCAUGACCGAGCCCGUCGACCUGGAAGAGAUAGACGUCCAGCAACAGCAAAGUGCCUUCGGCGGUGGUAACGGAAUGGACGAGGAUGACGAAGAUGGCCACCCGCACGCUGAGCGUGUCCAGUGUGCAUCUCAGUAA